AAACUGCUGUAUGCCAGAGCACAUGCAGGCUGACAGUUUUCUCUGUCUCCCGCUCGCUGAACUUUGCUGCUCUGUUGUAUUUGCUGGGAAACCCCUACCUUCUCUGCCCGGCGGUGGUACAGUGCCGAGGAUCUGAAAAGGUUUCUCCAGUACCUCCCAAGGAAAAGGGUCUCCCACUUUUCUGAAGGGAUUUUGACAGAAGUAGACUGUAAGAGAAAACUUUCUGCAAGAUAGAUGACUAAAGGUAACGGAGAAGAUCCAAAAACUGGAAGUAGGAUGGAACGCUUUCAACAAGGAGUCCGGAAACGUACACUUUUGGCAAAAAAAAAGGUGCAGAGCAUAACAAAAGAUGAUGUUAAAAGUUAUUUAUUGAGGAAUGCCUUUGUGCUCUUCACCGUUGUUGCUGUGAUUCUCGGUGUAAUCCUUGGAUUUUCUCUACGAUCAUAUAAGAUGAGUUAUCGGGAAGUCAAGUACUUUUCAUUUCCAGGAGAACUACUCAUGAGGAUGCUGCAAAUGCUGGUCCUGCCACUAAUUGUAUCCAGUUUAGUCACAGGAAUUGCUGCCCUGGAUAGUAAAGCAUCAGGGAAGAUGGGAGUCCGAGCAGUAGUCUACUACAUGAGUACAACGAUCAUUGCUGUACUGAUUGGUAUUAUCAUUGUGGUCAUCAUCCACCCUGGCAAAGGUACAAAAGAAAACAUGCACAGAGAAGGCAAAAUUGUGCAAGUGACAGCAGCAGAUGCCUUUCUUGAUUUAAUCAGAAAUAUGUUCCCUCCAAACUUGGUGGAAGCUUGCUUUAAACAGUUCAAAACUAACUAUGAGAAGAGAAUGUUUAAAGUAGAUAUUCCACCCAACGACACAUCCACAGUGGCUUCCAUAAUAAGCAAUGUGUCAGAAGCCAUGGAAGCCCUCACCCGGAUGAAAGAGGAAAUAGUGCCUGUCCCAGGCUCUGUAAAUGGAGUGAAUGCCCUGGGCUUGGUGGUGUUUUCAAUAAGCUUUGGCCUGGUGAUUGGAAGCAUGAAGGAGCAAGGUCAGGCAUUAAAAGACUUCUUUGAUAGCCUGAAUGAGGCUAUCAUGCGACUGGUAGCUCUAAUCAUGUGGUACGCUCCACUUGGAAUCCUCUUCUUGAUUGCCGGAAAAAUUGUUGAGAUGGAAGAUAUGGGUGUGAUUGGUGGUCAGCUUGCCAUGUAUACUGUAACAGUUAUCAUUGGUUUGCUAAUUCAUGCUGUCAUCGUCCUACCUCUUCUCUACUUUCUGAUCACUCGUAAGAACCCUUGGGUAUUUAUUGGAGGACUGAUUCAGGCACUAGUUACAGCUUUGGGAACGUCUUCCAGUUCUGCCACACUACCUGUUACAUUUAAGUGUCUAGAAGAAAUAAACAGAGUGGACAAGCGAGUCACAAGAUUUGUUCUCCCAGUCGGUGCUACAAUUAAUAUGGACGGAACUGCUUUAUACGAGGCUUUGGCUGCAAUUUUCAUUGCACAGGUUAACAACUUUGAUCUGAACUUUGGGCAGAUUAUCACAAUCAGCAUCACAGCCACAGCUGCCAGUAUUGGGGCUGCAGGCAUUCCUCAAGCUGGACUGGUCACCAUGGUCAUCGUGCUCACAUCAGUAGGUUUGCCUACAGAUGAUAUCACUCUUAUCAUUGCAGUGGACUGGUUCUUGGAUCGUCUCCGUACCACUACCAAUGUCUUGGGAGACUCCAUUGGAGCAGGAAUUGUUGAACAUUUAUCACGGCACGAGCUGAAGAACAGGGAUGCUGAGAUGGGCAAUUCUGUGAUAGAGGAAAACGAAAUGAAGAAACCAUACCAACUGAUCUCACAGGAAAAUGAGAGUGAGAAACCGUUAGAUAGUGAAACCAAGAUGUAGGGUAAAGAAGGCAUGAGUCCAACACUACAAGUGUGGAAAGCUUAUACUUUUUCCAGCCAUUUAUAUCUUGAAUUCACCAAGCCCACUUAGUCCUUGUUUUCUCCCUUCUUGCUAGCAUUGGAAAAGAAUUAAUGAAAAUAUAUUCCAAAUUAGCAGUGAUCAAGGUAUAUGUUGGCUUCCCACUUAAAAAAAAUUAACAGGCAACAUGACUGGUCCUGCUAGACAUGUGCUAACUGAGGAUAAAAAAAGAGAGAUCGUCUAUUAAAUCAUAAAACAUACCAGUGUACAUGUUACUCAGUCCUGUAAAUGUGAUCUUAUUCUUUUUUUUUUUUUUUUAUGAACUGGAAAGUAAAAACAGAUAACAGAGCCUGAAAAUGGUUUUAUUUUUUUAAAUACCUGUUGCAAACAUCCUAACAUCUAUAAGCACACAAUCAACAUUUUAAACUUGAUAACUGCAUCCAGCUAAGUAAAUUAACAGGCUUUUCACUUUUUUAUCUGAUGUUAUUUUUCUAUAGUGUUACAUCCUUGUUCUAUUACUAGCAGCGCAAUAAAAAGAAGGAUGUUAAACGAAAGGAUAAAAAAGGAGAAGAUGUAUAGAUAAAAACAAAAAAAACCCCAAUCAGCACUUUUAUCAGCUGAGCUGAAACAUCGUUUCUGAGAAAUUGAUUUCAACUGGACACAAUUUUUCACAUUAGCCUCAGCUGAUCUUGAGAAAAACUUAGCCUACUUAGCUUCACCUUCUGGAUUUGCCCCCUUAUCUUCAGCGCUGCAACUCAGUUGAACUAUCUAAUGGCAUAAGUAUUCACAGGAGCAAAGCCCUAGACUGUAUUGUCUCUGGGACAGGAUAUGUGACUUCCUCUAUGUUUGAAAGGAACAUAGCAUGCUGUGGAUAUGCCAGUUAUCUACUUCAGAAACAAUACUAAGAAUAGAAGGCAGUGCCAGCACUUUGCAGAAGGUACAGAAGGGUGAGAUGCUCAGAUCCUACUACGACUGGUUUUUAAAUCAGUCUGUGCUGAAAUGGCAUUGCUCGAAUACCCGCGACCAAGAGGAGAUUUUCCAGCUGGAAACCUCCCAAAUGCUUGGUCAUUCCAUUGAUAAGUAAUGAAGCUAUUAGCUGGAUUUAUGUUUUUUCCAUCUGGAGAAGAAGGCUCCCUAUCUCAAUGUGAAGUUUCCAAAUCUUUGUGUGUUUAUCGGCAGUAUCUCAAAAAUAAAAAAUAAUCCUUUAGAAAGUAAAACUAAUGGGUGCUUUUUUACUUUUUACUAGGAAAAAAUAUAUAAAUUGCAAAAUAAUAAAUACUAUAAUAAAUGUUGAAAAUGUAAUUAGAAAGGUUUUUUCAAGCGCAAUAUUGUAGGUUUCCUUCAGGGAAUAGAUAAGGAAAGAAUGAAAAAAGGGAGAUAAUGCACUUGUAAUCCUGUGGCUUUUUUUUUCCAUUUCAACAUUAUUCCCUGAUGAAACCCUUUUCUAGAAAUAUAAAUUAUAUAUUUUUCCCUUUUUACCUUGUAUUGUUAUAGAAGUUAAACUGGAAAGUUUAUAAUGCAGUUACAGUUGGGGGAAUGAAGAAAUACUAACUGAAAGGCACACUACUGUUAAACAAUCUUUCUUAUUCAAAUGUUUGGUUUCCUUCUUUCACCCCCCUCCCCCCUCCCCCCCAAAAAAUUCUGAUGAAAGAAAUGAAGGAUUCCCUUGCAGUGUCCCAGCUGCCACUCAAAAAAUGCUCAAGAUGCUGCUUUUGUCACUAAAAGAAUAUCAAUGUGGUGUACAAGUAACUGUAGUGAAAGCGUCAGCAUGCUGGUUAAAGGCAAAUCUUUUCCCAUGUUUUGAGCAACGAGGCAAGACUGUUUUUUUGACUGACAAUUCCUGCCCAUCUUCUUCAGCGGAGUAACCCAGACAAUAUGGGCAGGAAAUCUCCAGUAAAUGAAGUAAGCAGGGUUUAAUACAGAGUAUUGAGCAGUCAGACCUACAAAGCUCUAAAUGAAUCUCUGACUGAAAGAAAACAAGUGUGGGUUUUUUUUGCUAACAGAAUGCAAACCUAGAAUACAGACAGACCUUUUCUGAUAUGUAAUUAGAGAUAUUUUUAUAUAGAUACUGUAUUCAGAAUGUGUGUAUAAAAGUUAACUGUAGAAUUUAUGGCUUAACAAUUUAAUUUUUGUUAAGAAUCUGUUUGGAAAUACAUUGCAAAGACUUAAUGUAAAUGGCUGUCUUUCUAUGACAUCAGCUGAAAAAAAUGAUUUGUGUCACAAAGUCUGUGAUCUUUUUUAUGCUAACUUUGUUUCUUAUGGAAAUCAGGUAUUAUAGAAAGAUUCCUUUCCCUAUCCCUCACUGGUUCUGCAUUGAUAUGCACCCAGAGUGGAUUGAGAAACAUUACUUUGUAGAUGUAUUUUCAAUAAAAAUAGUUUUACAUUA